AACUAAAAUGAAAACAAACAUCGAUUAUGUAUAUGAAAGAUUUUGUUAAAUUGAAAAGAGCGCGUUUUUAUUGUCCAAUAAAAUCGGGAUCAUUCUUGGCGAUUUUAUUGGACAGCAUUUGGCACACUAUUGUCGACACCAUCGACAAACAAAGAUCGAAAUUUCAAAUUUCUCCAAUGAUAAAGAUAUUAUGGUUUGAUCGAAUUAAAGGCGUUAACAUUUUUGGUUAACAUUCUUGCGACAUAUUUAACAAAGAACGUGAGAACAUUUUAUUAGGAAGCUCUUUCUCGGCUCUCGAGUUAAAGUAUUUCGUAAAAUAUAUCAAGAUAUUUCAACAAAAUUUCCUUCGACUAUGAUGGAAAAUCAAGAUUUGAUAACUGAUGAAAUCGUAAAAGUAGAACACAAAAUGGACAAGUGUGUUUCAAUGAUACAACCUGCUGAUGCUGAUGGUAAUAAUGUAUAUUCACCAAAUAUGUUGAAUUCCACAAAUCCAGAAAAUGAGGCUGUUCAAAGUUGCGAUAAAAAAGUACAUUAUGAAGAAAGAUAUGUCUCUGUUGGGAAUGAAGCGCAUGAAUGUGAUGAAGUUAUAGCGGAUAAAAUGAUAGAAGAACACAAAAAGAUGAACAUGGAAGUAAACAGUAAAAGAAUUAGAAGAAGUAAUCGUUUAUCAGUAAAUGAUAAGAAAGAAAAUUUGAAAACAACUAUCAGCGGUAAGGUACUAAAGCAGAAGAAGACAACAAAGAAAUCAAAUAAAAUGGCACAGACUACGAUACCAAAUGAGGUAUUAGCAAUGUUAUACAAGAAGUUUGAACCUCAAAGAUAUGAAAACACAAUGUUACCACCAUUUAGGUACAUUAUGCCUAAUAAUGCUAACAAUGCAUUGCAAUAUAUUCCAUAUAGAAUAGCAAAACAAGAAGAAUCACAUUACAAUUUAAAUAAUAAUAGAAAUAUGUUGCAGUAUCCAGAUUACAAUAAUUUGAGAUCUGAGAAACAACCAAUUUUGAUGAACCCUAACUCUUGGCCCAUUGUGUCAAAAAGUGGUCAUAAUUUCAUAAACAAUAAUACGCAAAAUCAAGUAGAACAAUCUGGUUUCAUUAAUGAUAAGCAAUAUCAUAAUUCAUACACUGCUGAUUACAAUUUGAAACAAAGUGAAAAUCCAUACUUUCAGCCUUCGAUUAAAUCUACAGAUUCCCAGAAAUUACUCGGUAUGGAAAAUAAAGUUUUUCAUUGUUCGUGCAAUGUCUGUACGAGCAAUAUGUGGAACAACAUGCAUGCAUGCGGCGAAGUUUUUCCAAAAAUGAACAAUGCAUUUCAACAAAUAGUUAACAACAACACUUUAAGUUAUAUUCCAUUAGCUGCGACUUCUAAUAAUGCUUGGAACACUACAGUAGGAUCUUUCAAUUACUUUCCUCCUAAUUAUCAACCAUUACAAGCAGAUUACAAUUUUAAGAGAUUAUUUUAUAGCGGUUUCAAUACAAUAAAUAAUGCAACUAACAAUGGAUACAACGUGAUGGCAAGGAGAAAUAUAAUGUCCCCAUUAAAUAACUGGAAUACUCAUAUUAAUCACUUGACGAUUCCAUGUAAUAACAAUACAAAUAUUGCUUUGAACGCGUCUGUGCCAUCUGAACCACUAUCGUCGUCUUCUCUUUAUACAGGCAAUACUAGCACACAAUUUAGUAACUAUUAUAAUAAAGAUUUGGCAAAAGUGAACAUGUCUGUGGAUCAGUACAAGGAAAAAGAUCAUUUCAAUCCAUCUGCAAUAUCUGCCUUUGAAAACUCAGUACCUACUGAUAUGCAUGGAUUGGAUUCUGAGUCAACAAAUACUUUAUCGCAUGAUACAUCCAAUGGAAACGAUAUAAUAUAUGAUAUUACAAAUUUUGUUCCUGAAACAAAUACAGCCAAUACAUCUGAAGAAUCUCAAUCUUACUCGUAUAUUAAGGAGAUGGACAAAAAUUGGUCAUCAAACAUAUCUAAUAUUUAAAAAAAUAUAUAUUUAAUGUUAUUUGCAGAUUAAAUUAGCAGUAGUAAUUUUACACAAAGAUGUGAUAUACUAAUU